AUGGAGAAAAUAGAGACAAUGGACGAGCAGGCAACUCUGGGAGACACAAUGAUUCUCUCUCAGGGGCUUCCCGAUUUCCUCCCGGCUGCCAUUCGACGACACAUUCCCCGUCUGUAUCCUUCGCUCCAUCGCGCGGCGCAGUCGGACUCAAAUAUAAACGCAGCAAGAACAGGCCACAAGCUCAAUGGUCCUAGUUUCUCUCCAUCUUUCUCGGAGCCGGAGUUGACAUUGUACGGACAAAAAGCCGGUUUGGCCUUGGGGGACCUGCAACGCCCUACUACUGCGGGCAGUAGUAGUAACGGCCAGGACUCGUGUGGCUCUUCGGUUUGCGGGAAGUCUUCGGACACUAGUUAUAUCAUACCUUCCGAAGAGAAAAAGGGUGUAGAGCCUAUGGGGUUUGCGAUGUCCAAAUAUGAAGAGGAGACUGGACUGCGCUGGAAUCAUGUCGUCCCAGCGUUUCAAUUCCUCCAACAUGCAGGAGUGGAGGCCCAGCGACGCGAUUAUGACAGCCACCUGGUACGGUCAUUGUACAUGGAUGCACUAUGCUAUCUUCUUCAGGCCCUACCGGCCGAUUUGACUUACGAAGAAACUGCAAGAAUCAGGAAAAGCCUUCCUGGCCAAGUUUCCAACUCUCUCGCUGCUCCUUCCGCAGCUGGCUUCGUUAACCAACCCGUGAACGCAAGACACCCGGCAGAGCGCUCUUAUCUCCACCGGCUGCUGGCCUCUAGUAUCAUUCACUUCUUUCUCCUGCUUCAGUUCCUGAUGCCAUACCUCAAGAUUGUGCUGCACCGAUUAUACCAAUUCGAACGGUCCCAUCGGGUUACCGAGCGCGUUGUGUCGGCGAGCUUGGAUGCUGCCGAUAGCUUGGGCAAACGGAGCCUGAGUCUGGGAACAACAGUCCUCAGUCUCCAUGAUGGGAAAGUAGGUGUUGCGGUGUCAAGUCUGGCUGCAUGGUGGGUUGAGGGUAUUGCAGGUGGAAUUUACGAGGGGAUUGGCGAGGGCAUGACCAUCUUAGGGUUCAUUCGGCCAAAUCCCGGUGUGGAUGACGAUAACGACGAUGCUGCUCAGCCUAAAAAGGAGACGUUUGAUCGUGUGCUGCGUGAAAGUUAUGCAUUAUGGUCGAGUUAUGUCGACCUGGAAGGCUCUACUUCUCUCCCAAUCCAAUGUAUUGAUCUCAAAGGCAUGCUCGGCCAAACGCCAUCAUUCCUUGGACAUGGGUUGAUUUCCGAAAACGAGCCAGCCCCGUUCAAGUGCACCGAGAGCUCAGGUGGUCUUUAUGUCAAUGGUCAUUCGACUUGGAAGACUUCCAACGGGGAUUGUCAGUUGGGGCCCAAAGAAAUACACCCCAAGCUUCUACUUGCGACUCCAACUGCGAUGAAUGUAGAGCUCUCAGAUUCGGCUCCAUUCGCAGAAUGA